AUUUCCUCAUUUUUAAUCCAAACACACAUGAAUAUACGUUAUCAGCAUGUCAAACUUUGGGAAGACCUUUCAUCUGUUUCCCAUACUCCCCGCUGAAAUCCGACUGGCGAUCUGGCGCCUCUGCCUCCCGCACAAUCGCGUCAUGGAACUCGACGGCCAAACCGAGGACCUGAUCUGGGAAGAGUGCCCAUGCAGCAAAAACUGGCAAAUAUCAUGGACAAAUCGGGCUCCGCCUCUCAUCACGCGCGUAUGCCACGAGUCGAGAGCUGUUGCAUUUGAGACCGGCGCCCCGCAACAACUGCCAGACCACACGAACCCAGAUACAGAGCAGUUCAGCAAUUCUCAGAUUGAUAACCCUUGGCUGGACAUCGUCCACGACUCAGUCCACCUUAACUGGGAGCCUUGGGUGGAUAUCGAUUGGCAAAGCUAUGACUGGGGAGAUCCUGUGCGCUGUCUUAUAGCGACUGCAGCGCGGACCCGCUCCGGCAGGGCAUCUAUCAUGUUGAGUCUGCUGCAGGUCUUUCAGCAUCGUGAGCGUCCGGAGGAGUCUGAUCCGCAGUUCAGGUGGACGAGGUGUGGCCUUGCAGGCCUGAUGCGCACCCGGGAAAGCUGGGACGUGGUGAUCUUGGAACCUGUUAUUAUACAUGCUGCUGUGGAGGCUGCUGCGGGCCCGUUUGGACUUCUGGCGGACGCGCGAGUGCAGCUGGUUGACGCGGAUGAUAGUGAAAGAAUUAAUACAUUCAUGGACCUUGAGAAGAUGCCAGGUGUUACUAUUAUGCCUAGGCUUGGGCAGGAAGACCUAGCUACUGGCAAACAGGAGUUAAGAGAUGCCGUCAGGGCAGUCUUUGGGUCAGAGGAUAAGGCUCCAGUACUGCGUCCGGUUGUCAUGUUUCGACUUUGUACAAAGACAUGUAUGUAGUGCUAUGAAGGAUGGUUGGACUAGAA